ACCACAUUCAAGAACAAUCAGAAUUAACAAUGAUACCUCAGGAAGAUUAUUCACAAUACGACUACAAUUACCAGGACGACCAGGAUUGCGAUUUUUCGUUGACUCGGGAGCAGGAAUCAACUUGCUUAAACAAGGAUGCUACCCAGGAGGAACAAUAAUACCAGACACAUAGAAAUUCUCCAUGGGACAUUCCAAAUACGAAUCCAAUUCCAAAAUUAAACUAAAUUUAUUCAACAAAGAGAUAGAAUUUGCCUUAGUAGAUGAUAAUUUCCCUAUCAUAGAAGACGGCAUAUUAGGCUUACCCGGUUUAAAUCAAUAUCGAUUCGAACUCUCCAAUAAAACAUUAAAAUUAGAUAAUAAUACCCUUCUGCUGCAGCAAGAACCAACCCUCGCAUCAGAAGAAAUCGUUCAAAAAAUUGUAUACUUCGAAGGAAAGCCAACGCCAGUAUGCUUUAUCAAUGGUGAGUAUUUCUUGUGGGCACCUUCACCCACUAUCCACCUCACAUCGUUAUUCUACAUACGGAAGGCAAGAUUGAUAUCAAGUUCGAAGGACAGACCGCAGAAGUCUGGUCUCUGCUAUUACCACGAGACCUUUCGAGACCGCGCAAGGAAGUGCCGGGCCCCUUGCAACUGGACCCAGUGAAACGAGACCAGCCGUCCGUAAACGCGGCAUGUGGCGAUGGCUUUAG